AUGUCACCGCCAACAACACAUCUUUUAAUACGUUCAAAAACAACUCAUGAUUUAAACAAAAUGACCAAAGAAACAACAGAGAAAGAUAACAAUAAUUUAUUAUUAUUAUCAAAUUCAUUAUCAUCAAGUUUAAAUUCAUUACCAACAACUGAAUCUUAUUCUAGUAGUCAACAAACACCAUCAUCCUCAUUAUCUAAGGCAUCGAGUUAUUCUUCAUUAAUCAAUGAUGAUUUAUUUCAUUCAUCAUCAUUAUCAACAUCAUCGCCUCAAUCAUCUACGCCAGAAGAUGAAAUUGAAGAAGAAAGUGAAGAUUUAACAACACCUGUUGAAAAACAUAAAACAAUGCCAUUACCUGUCAAUAAAAAUGAACUUUUAACAACGCGUGAACGAUUUUUACCAAAAAAACGUACAUUACAUUAUACACAAUCCGUAUUAACUCAUACACAUCUCGCUAAAUUAUGUCCAAUUUUAGAAGAUACAAUUGAAAUACAUGGAAAUGGAAAUUUUCCAACAUUAAAUAUUAGACCAAAACAAUUUGUAUUAGAUUUAAGAAAAUUAUUUCAACAAAAUAAUAUUGAUAUAUUGGAUAUCAGGUUAAAUGGAGGUGUUGCCUCAUAUGUUUUAACCAAUGAUAAAUCGUACAUCUAUAAUGAUAUUGAUUUUAUAUUUCGUUGUGAUUUAUCUACAGAACAAAAAUGGUCACAAAUUAAAUCUCUUGUAUUUGAAUGUAUUUCUAUAAAUUAUUUUCCACAAGGUACUACGCCAAUAUCACCCGUUAUUUUACAACAAGCCUAUGUUGAAAAAAUGAUUCGUGUUGUUAAUCAAGAAAAUGAUUGUUGGGGAUUAAUAUCAUUAUGUAAUCAUUAUGGACAAAAUUUUGAAUUAAAAUUUUUAGAUCGAAUGAAACGACAAUUUCAAUUUUCAGUUGAUUCAUUUCAAAUUAUAUUAGAUCCACUAUUAGAUUAUUAUGAAAAAGAGCAAAAAUAUGAAAAAUUACCAAUAACAAAAACAUAUUCAAAAACAAAUGGACACUAUGAUAAUCAACAAUGUUUAAAUGGAAGACAACAAAAAUUAUAUGGAGGUAAUUUUGUUUUAAAAAUACAAUUGACUUUUUAUUAUUAA